AUGCCCGCGCGACCAAACGUGGAUAAAUCGAAAUUCUGCCGAUUCCACAAAGGCCAUGGGCACAACACAGAAGAUUGCAUCCACCUAAAGGAUGCCAUAGAGAUAUUAAUCAGGGAGGGACAUUUGAAGCAAUAUGCGAAGAAGCAGGAAGCCACCAGAGAAGCCAAACCAGUCGUCGAGGAAAAGCCGGCGGAAGAUACGCCAGCCAUGCAAGUAGCCAUGAGCAUCACCAGACCGGAAGACUUUUACCUCCCUGACUGGGCAAAAUCGGCGACAACCACCUCCCCUCAUAGCGCAUGGGAGAUGUUUCCCUCCGCCAUGGUCAUAUCGGGUGGAGGAUUCAACAAGCUCACCGUGGGAUCCGUAAAACGCAAAUUUGACGAGCUGAUUUCAGCCAGCGCAAGCAAGGCCGCCACGCUCGACCAGACAAAGGGCAGCCCAUCCUCCAUCUCCUUUUACAAAGAGGAAUUGCCCGGAGGAGCACCCAACGCCAACAUUCCCCUCCUCAUCCGGGCUAGGAUGGCCAAUUUUGACGUGCGACGGAUAUUGGUCGAUCAGGGAAGUUCGGUAGACAUCAUGUACUCCCAACUGUUCAGAACACUGUAA